AUGCCGGAGACAGAACACCUCUAUGAUUUGCUGGUGGUAGGAGCGGUUCAAUCUCUGCAAACGAAUUUCACAUCUAAGCUAGAUUUAGGGUGGCAUGGCAUUGCGGCAGCCAAAACUUAUCUCGAGAUCCAUCCCACGCAGGAUCUUCUCGUGCUGGAAGCUGAAAGAACGUGUGGCGGCACAUGGUCCGAAGAUCGACUCUACCCAGGACUGAAAUCGAAUAAUAUGAUCGGAUCUUAUGAGUACCCUGAUUACCCAAUGUAUAAGAAGACAUAUGGCGUCAAAGACAAUGAUCAUAUCCCGGCAGCCACUUUGCACAAAUAUCUAACGGAUUACGCGAGACAAUCUGGAGUGCUGUCUCGGAUCGUCUUCAACACAUCUGUACUUUCCAUCGAAUCUGCUGAAGACAAAAACUGGAAGAUUAUGGCGCAGAAAGGAGGUAAAGACGCCAUUUUUAGGACGAAGAAAAUCAUCAUGGCCACUGGGCUCACUUCUGAACCCAACAUGUUGACUUUCGACGGCCAAGAAAAAUUUAAUGCGCCAUUGUUCCAUGCCAAAGACUUCUGUCGAAAUGCCUCGGUCACCAAAACUGCGAAAAACGUUGUUGUCGUCGGUGGUGCAAAGUCAGCCUUUGAUAUCGCCUAUACCUUUGUUCAGGAGGGUGCCCAGGUAGACUUGAUCAUCCGGCCUAAUGGCAAUGGUCCUGUAUGGCUAGCUCCGCCUUUUGUGACUCCAUUGAAGCGUAAAGUCGAAGAGCUGCUACAUACUCGCAUAUUAACCUGGUUCAGUCCCUGUCCUUGGGGUGACCAGGAUGGUUUUGCGCCUGUCCGUUAUUUUCUCCACAAAACAGCUGUUGGCCGGUGGCUUGUCCACAAUUUCUGGCAUGCCCUUGGCUCAGAUAUCCUUGAAAGAGGUGGGUAUGACACCCACCCUGAUACCCGAAGACUGAAACCGUGGUCUUCGCCUUUCUGGGUGGCCAGCGGACUAAGUAUUCAUAAUUACGAGACUAGUUUCUUGGAUAUGGUGAAGACCGGUUCUGUUCGAAUUCACGAAGCCAACAUUGACAAGCUGAGUGAGAGAAAAGUCCACUUAUCUACUGGUCAAUCUCUACCAGCAGAUGCGCUAGUCUGCGCCACCGGGUGGAAAAAGAGCUCCUCAAUAAAAUUCCUGCACUGCGAUCUUUCGAUACCAGGUUCCAGCGAUGAGAAGCAGGUUCUUUAUCAGGAAGCCGAUGAGAAGAUCUUAGAAGAUUUCCCUGGUCUUGCCUCACAGCCCGUUCUUCGAUACAAGCAAGAGACCUGUGACCCGCUCCGGCUGUACAGGUUCAUGGUCCCCAUUGCGUCGUAUAAAAACAGGAAUAUUGCAUUUGCAGGUGCGGUCUCAACUGUGAGCACCUCGACCUGCGCUAGUAUUCAAGGUCUUUGGAUAUCUGCCUUCUUCGAUGGCCAGCUGAAGCGUGCGGCUGUGAGCCCCGACGAGGCAGUUCAGGAAGCCGUAUUGCACACUCAGUGGGGUAUUUGGCGAUAUCCUUGCGGCUAUAGUCGAAAGCUCCCGGAUAUAGCCUUUGACGUCUUGCCCUACUUUGAUUUACUGGUUCGUGACUUGGGCUUGAAACAUCAUCGCAAGUCAAGUCCCUGGGCAGAGCUCGUGGAACCUUAUAAACCCAAAGAUUAUGCUGAGCUUCUAAAGGAGUGGAACGUUGCUUCUCUUGGUGUAAAGAGUUAA